UUUUACACAACAAUGCGGCCUCACUAUCCGUCACGUUACAGGGAAGAAAAGGAAAGAAAGUACGGAGAGAGAUAACGCAGAAAUAAACGACAGUGUUUGUAUCUUUUUGACAGGCGGUGGCGUCUGUAUCUCCAGGGACAGAAAACCACAAAAGAAGAUGGAGACAUGUUAAGUUAUAAACUUCAGAUGUGACGGGAGGACAGAGGUGGAUAUGAGAUAAACACGUGUAUAAACAACCAGCUGAGGAAAAGGAGGAUGAAGCUGAACGAACGCAGCGUGGCGCACUACGCCACCUGUGACUCACCGCCAGACAAGACAGGCUUCCUGUUCAAAAAGGGAGAGCGCAACACAGCGUAUCACCGGCGCUGGUUUGUCCUGAAGGGAAACAUGCUCUUCUACUUUGAGGAGCGCGAGAGCCGAGAGCCCAUCGGUGUCAUUGUCCUUGAAGGAUGCACCGUGGAGCUGUGCGAGUCAGCAGAGGAGUUCGCCUUCGCCAUCAAGUUUGACUGUGCCAAAGCCCGGGUGUACAAGAUGGCUUCUGAAAACCAAGCAGGCAUGGAGUCGUGGGUGAAAGCAUUGUCGAGGGCCAGCUUUGACUACAUGAGGCUGGUGGUGAAAGAGCUGGAGAGGCAGUUAGAAGAGAUCCAGGAGGCAGCAGGAGGUGACUGUGUCGGGGCUGGGGUUGGAGGCCUGCAGGGCAGGUCUAAACCCUCCAGGAGAAACCAGGUGUCACGGUCCAGGUCCGGAGCAUCCUCUUCUUCAUCUUCAUCAUCGACAUCUUCCUUAUCCUCGUCAUCAGGUGCCCCUCCCAUGGCAGUCAACUAUUCUGCCCAGAGGAGCCUCCAGGAUGAGGUGCAGCUCAUCUCCGAUUGUUCUAAGGAGAAUGGAGUUGCGUGGAGUAAACCAGCCGUUUCAGUGGCUAACGGCUUUGCUGAGGAAGCGUCCUCCUAUGCGGCCUGGGAGGCCUGCUCAGACUCUGGGAAUAACAGUGGUCCAGGGGCUGAUGGGGUUAGGGCUCCACCAGUGCCACGCAGGAGACGAGGAGCCUCUCUGGAGAGCCCCGUCUCCCCUGGCACUGGCUGCUUCUCCAAACUCCAUGACUGGUAUGGCAAAGAGGUGGAGGAACUGAGAGUGCAGUGGCUGCAGAGCAAGUGAACUUAUUGAGAAAGAAAGGUUAUCUCUUUUUCUGCAGUUUUAUCAUUCCUUCCUAAUCAUUCUGCAACCCAGCACGGGGCAACAAAACUGAGACCUUUUUUGCACAUUGCAGUCUGAUCCCAUAAAAAACAGACCAACACAUUUUUAUAUUGAUUCCAUAUCUUGUCUGGCACAGGGGAAUCAAUUCUUAAACAGUAAGGACAAUAAUAAACAUUUGAGAUUAAGUAGGCCUACUUAAAAUGGUACUAAUUUAUUAAAGCAUCAGCUUUUCUUUUAAGAUGCUAUACAGUUUUGACUUGACCAGCCUUGUACUGUACUUUGAUUAGUACUACGCUGUUUUAUUUUAAAUUACCAAUUUUAAAGAUGUCUUUUCCCUUCCUCUAGCUUACAAUUACUCCAAAAUAUGUAAUUGUAUUGGGGUCAGAUCUCAUUAAAGCUGUAGCAACCUUGAUAAAGUAUGUUUUCUAUAUGUUUACAUGCAAAAUCAGGUACCUAGGGUCUAAAAUAACUGCUUAAAACUCCUCAUUUAGGUGUAUUAUUGAUCCCAGCCGGUGAUGGUAAAGGUGUUUUUGUUCUAUGCAAAUGAAAUAAAGAUGGCCACAUAAGUAACAAUCUGGAGACAUUGCACAAAACUAAUCCACAUGGAUCAGGUUGCUAUAGUGACACGUUAUCUGCAGCAUACAGAGGAGAAGAUAAGAGGAAAUCCUGUUGCUUUAAGAUUGAUGAGAUAAAGAAAGAGCACUGUUUGUACAGUUGAUGACAUUUUUAUAAUCUCAUGGCAAAGGCACCAAGACAAUUAACUCCAUUCAAGUUCAGCAUUUCCAGCUUCCUGUAACUUCCUGUAACUUUGGGAUAAGAAGUAGUGUCAGGAAAAACUAGACCAGUUUCCGCUCCGUUCUCCCAAGUGCAGCACAUCUCACCCCAGAGACGUUGCGGUGGCUAAGGUCAGAGCAUCCUCUCGACAGUUGCUAGGGGCCGUGGUGGGAGCUGCAUGUCUCGCUCAGAGCUGCACACUGGUAUUUUUAGCCUUUGUUAGCUUGUGGCCAGAUGAUGCUGUGUCACAAGAGUACUUGUCACUUAGUUCUCGUUUGACUCUUGAAUUUCAUAGAAGGAGAUUUUUGUCUUGGACUCGGAGGACUCUUUCAUUUGCCAUUGUAAUUAUGUUAUAAUUCCUUUUUGUACAAUCAAAUCAUUUUAAUUCAAUCAUACAGUGUGUUUGUGAACUGUGUGUGAACAUUUACCCUCUUGGUUUGUACUUCAAUAAUUUCCUCUUCCUUGUUGGAAAAUAACACCUGCAGUCUUGGGCCUUUUUUUAUGAUUGUGUUACUAUACUUCUUUUGUAUUUCUAUAUUCAAUCACAAAAACAUUUGCAUUCUUGAUUUAUAUUUUCCUUUGUUGCCUAUAAUAACUAUGUUAUUGUACUUGCAUCCAUUGCCACUGUGUUGAGAGGGUUACUGUACUGCUGCUAUUCUUUCUUUCUUUCUUUGCAAAGGCUCUGGUAACCACUUUUGACAAGUCUGCAUAUUGCACAGCGCUAUCUUAACUCUUAUACACUUGACUUGUACAGAAACGAAAAUGUGGGAAGUAGUGGUAAAGUGUGGAUUUCAUUCCAUUCAUUUUUUUUUUGCAGAAACAUCAAAGUGGUAUGCUUUUGACAUGUUUUCACAAAGAUUGUAGUAGUGCCAAUUGUAUUAACUCCAGAACAGCGCUUCUGUAAUUAUGGAUGACAAAAUUCUGGUUUUAAUAACAAUAUUUAAAGAAAUGUGUCAAUGUGUCAAAUGAACCUUAUAAAUGAAAAACCUUUCUCCAAAAGUGCCAAAUGAGAGAUGCAAUCUAAAUUAACUUUUUUUAAAUUGUCAAGGCUCUUUUUCUCUUUUGAAUUAAACAAUCGUAGUAAAGUGUGUAACGUUAUAGUUCACCAUAUAAAUAACCAAUAAUAUUGUUGAUUGACUGUUGUGAUGAUAUGGUCCCAUGAAAAGAGGUUUGUUCAUAAAUAAUUUACUGUAAACCCCGAAAUAAACAGUGUUAACAUGU